CGGCGCCGAUGAAGGCCACACAGUUGUACGUUCUGUUACUUUGUCGCAGGGACAGGUGGAUUAAGAGCAAAAACCGGUCAUCAAUAUUUUGACUACGUAUCCGGCAAUAAGGAAAACAGCUUACACCCUAUAGAAAGUGCAUCAUCGACAAAUAGGAAAACAUGCCGAAUCAAGUCCACAAGGCCCACAGUUGAACGAGCUGCAAAUUUAAAGUGGAUUACAAAAGAACCACACACACACACCGUUCGGGAAUGAUUAAAUAGGGUAGGUUACUACGCAUCCCUCUAUCGUGCCUAUCAGCAGCAGUAGCAGGAGAACCGGCCGCGCAACGAAGACUUUCCUUAUCACUUUCGCCUGCAGAUGGUCCGUGGUGGCGGUUCGGUGUCGUCCGUCUGGUCUGGUGUGAGUUUGUGUAUCGUAGCCGUCGUUCGCCCCCGGCGAGUGUUGUUCGAGACAGUCGAUAAGAGUAGCAUCGGAAUCAGCUGGUAGUGUCAUUAGUGCGGUACAAGCCACUCGAACAAGACGCAAACGGUUUGUGGUGAAUGUGUAGCGUGAACCGAAAGCAACACCGUAGCACACGCUCACAACCAAGUGGCACCCCGCGCGUGUGUGAAGAAGCUGCUAAUUGCAAUUCCGAACUUCUUGCCCUGCACGCGGUCACAGACGGUCCAAAUUCUACCCUGCAGUGCGCAAUCAGCGGCAGCCACCGCGUCGUCUCUAAAUCAUCGUCCGCGGCUUCUAUUGAUACAUAUUCCGAUCCCGAACUUGAAUGGACUGUGGGGCAUAAUCUUGCGAAGAUCCCUUGUGUGUGUGUGUGUGCGUGUGUGUAAAAACCGAACGACCGAAGCGCGGUUGUUAUAGUUAGUGGCGGACAGCUCAAGUGCUCAGCAGCAGCCCACAACAAUGAUGAACAUAACGAAUAGCUUUCUGGACGAAACGCUCGUCUAUCUGUACCGGGAGAUGCACCAGUACGUGCCGGAGUUUAUCGGUACGAUUGGGUAUAUUCCGUGGGUAUUCUCGCUGCUCGGAUCGGCCCUGAUCGGACUGUCGGGCAUACUGCCCAUGUUCAUCAUACCGGAUGCGACCAAAAACGGGAAAGAAGCGGAGCAGAGUAAUCCGGCCGAAUCCAAGACACUGAAGGUGCUGCUUAGCUUCGCCGUCGGUGGCCUGCUGGGUGAUGUGUUUCUACACCUGCUACCCGAAACCUGGGAACACGAGAUAGCGGCCGGACCAACGGCCGAUGGCCAUCCGUCCCUCCGGAGCGGUCUGUGGGUACUGUCCGGUCUGCUACUCUUCACCAUCGUGGAGAAAAUAUUUUCCGGCUACGCGAACGUUGACGAACAAAACCCACAGCCCAAGUGUGUGGAAAUUGCGACCUGUCUGUACCGGCGCAGCGGUGCCAAGCUGCCGGAAGGGUUCGUCGGUUGCGGCGGUGGCGAUGGGAAGGGUGCGUGCGAUAUCGAGGACGUACCGAACGGGUGCUUUCUGGCGGGCAAUAGCGAAACGGCACGCGAUGAAACAGCAGGCCACAAGAAGGUGGCCGGAUAUUUGAAUCUGUUGGCCAACUCGAUCGAUAACUUUACGCACGGAUUGGCCGUGGCCGGUUCGUUCCUGGUGUCGCUGCAGCACGGUCUACUGGCAACGGUUGCGAUUUUGUUGCACGAAAUUCCUCACGAAGUCGGUGAUUUUGCGAUCCUGCUGCGAUCGGGAUUUAGCCGCUGGGACGCGGCAAAGGCACAGCUGCUAACGGCCGGUGCCGGUUUGCUGGGUGCGCUGGUCGCGAUCGGUGGCAGCGGCGCAACGACCGCGCUGGAAGCGAAAACCUCCUGGAUCGCACCGUUCACUGCCGGUGGCUUUCUGCACAUUGCGCUCGUUACGGUGCUUCCGGAUCUGCUAGACGAAUCGAAUCCCUGGGAAUCGUUCAAACAGCUUGCUGCCCUGCUGCUCGGCAUUGGACUGAUGGCGUUUAUGACCGUCUAUCUGGAACACUAAAGCGAGAAAGAGAGAGAUAGUAAGACAAGACACGGAACACGAAUAACAUUACGACGAACACAAACUGGCUGGUUUCCGGCGGUGGUACAUAUAUUUAAAUAAUGUCAUCUGUUUCAUGUACCGCGGUACGUUUGAAUAGUGUGUAGAUAUUGUUAAAUUGUUUUGUAGAAGCAAUCACGGUUUCAAACCCGACCCAAACCCGACCCAAACCCGACACGCAACCAUACGAUUGAAGUGAAACUGACCAUGGGGCGGGGGGUUUGCAGUGUGAUCGCGUUUACCAGGCAGGGAUUUUGCCCAUUCUGAUCGGCACCGAACAAUGUAAAUACGACUGAUGUGCUGACGGCGAUGAGGCGUCUCCAUCGCGCGAAAACCAUAGUAAAAGGGGUGUUCGUGUAAUUAUGUCCUUCUCACAAAUAGUUAAGGAAGCUGUUUAAGAGUAAGAUAAUCGCGCGAAAGGAUUUAAAAACGAUAGGCUAGAUUUGUAAGCUAGUUUGAGACGAUAGAAAUUGCGUUUAGGGAACACAGGAGACAGUAACGCUCAACGUUUGGUAAGGAUAAAGCUAAAGCAGUAGUGAGCAGUCAAUUCCGCGCAGUAGUGACACAGUGUGAUAGAAUCACAAAGAAAUUAGACGAUGCCAUAUAAACGAUUGCCUCCGGUUCGGUGGGGCGCGCUAUAUUCCGGCUCUAAACCCAGUUAUUAACCCAUUGCCGAAAAUAUUGCCCAAUUUUUCGCAUACAAAAUUAAACAGACAACCCCGAUUGAUAGCGUUAUGCUGCUAAACCAUAUACUACUAGUCGUAUUUGGGUGUUUUUAACCUCCUCUUUUUGUAAUUUUUGUAGUGAGGAGCGAAUAAAAACGUUUACAACUGUUACGGAUACCGACUGAAAAAAAAUUAAAGGCGGUUAAACUGUGCUAGAAGAGAGCACUGAACGUGUAGGGCUGUGCAUACGAGUGUGCAGAAAUUGGCACAAUAAAUGCAUCUCAUUGUAUAAAACGAACAACAAAA